GCGUCCUGCAGCUUCUCGGCCAACAAGGACGCGCGCGCGCGGUUCCGUCGGCCGAGCUCCCCCUGGCGCAUGCAAGCGGCCCUCGAGUUCCUCGCACAAGGACUCGGGGUGCUCGCCUACCAGCGGUUGCGGGGCGUGCUCUACGAGCGCCUCGUUGGCCACCCCCCUCCGUGGGACGAGGGCUCGCCCCCUGCGGGCAGCUCUUGGCCCCUCGGCUGGGGCCCUGAGGGCGGGGGAGGGGGCACGUGCCCUUCCCAGCCCCCUGGGCCUCCGCCGCCCACCGUCUGCCUCGGGCUGGCGGUGGACUUGAGCAGCGGGCUGACGCCCCUCCUGCUCCCCAGCGUGGUCGCCGCAUUGGUGGCCACCGCAGUCGCCUCUCGGGCGUCUCCGUGCCAGACAGCCGACGAGGGAGGUGCCGAGCUAGAGGCAGACUCGGAACCCUUUCAGGACGCCGAGGCCGAGGCCGCAGCUCCCCCUGCCGGCGCGGGGCGCGGUGCGCCGAAGCGCGCGAGUCGCGCCCUUCUCAUCCCUCCCCCUGGCGCAGCCGUGCCCAAGCGGUCUGCGCGGGUGGCGGAGCCGGCGCUCGACGAUCUGGACGGAGUACCUCAGGCCCGCGCAGAGCUCCAGUCCGAGAUUCGCGCAAUGAUGGCCGAGCAGGCCUCGAGGUUGCAGGGCCCGCCGCUCGGCGCUCCAGGGGCUGGCGUUCCUCCUCGGGCGGGCGCGCCCCAGCUCUUCGCGGACGAGGCCGCCCGCGUGGGUCUGCAGGGCGGCCGCGCUCCCGAGCACCCGGGCGGCAUGGCCGCCCGCAGCGAUGGUGCCGCCGAGCCUGCUGCUUCGGCGGGCGGCGCCUCGGCUGCCAGCGAGGGCGCCUCCGAAGGCGCCCCUCGGCCCCGUGGGCCAAUCAACGCGCUAGACUACCGCAGCCGCGCGUCCGCCCCCGCCGCGUCAGCAGCCGACGCUGAGGCUUCUGGCGCGGAGGGUGCGCACGCGGCGGGCCACGACACAGGGCAUACGGCUCCCGGUGCUGCUAUGCGCCAGGCCACUUUGGCCGCCGUGCCCGGCCCCGGCGAUCUGGCCUCGAUGCGCGCGGCGCACGGCCGUGACGCCGUGACAGGCUUCGACGCUAGGGUCGUCCGACGACCUGCCGCCGCCCCGCGGUUAGCGGCUGCGCGCAGCCUGCUGCAGGUCCGUGCGGGCGCGGGACACUCCGCGAUCCAGCGCCAGUUCCGCGCGCUGGCCGGCCGGUUCCACCCGGACAAGCCUACGGGUGACCUCACCCGCUGGAGGAGGUUCUGCGAGGCUAAGAACGUCCUCCUCCAGGCCGCCCAGGCUGAGGCGGACGGCGCGGACCCUGCCGCGGGGAGCGGCGCAGCGGCGCGUGCGUUGGCCAAGGCCCACGCCGCGGGCAAGGGCAAAGGCCGCGGCGGGCGGGCAGCAGGCCUGACGCACAUGCUGGCCUCCCUCGACGACGCCUUGAGCGAUCGCGUGCACUCCGCGCGGAGCGAGAUCCGUGCGGGCUCGCAGCUCACGGACGGCCCCGCGUGCCCUCCGACUCGCCGCUCGGGGGUCUCCGAGCCGCAGGCGGCUAGGCCCACGUCGGAGGCGCUCGCUGUAGCCGAGGAUGUCGCCUCGCGUGCUGCCGCGAACCCCGGGGAGAUCAGGGAGGCGCGCAGCGCAAUCCAGAGGGCUGUCGUCGCUGACCCCCUGCACGACCCAGCAGCGAGGGCUCGUGCCCGCCAGGACCUGGCGACGGGGAUGGCUGAGCGCAUCCACAUGCGCCGCCUCACCGCCGCGGCGCAGGCGGAAAGCCGAGGGGGGCCUCGGACAGCUCCGCACGAGCUGGCUCGGCGGUUCAGCUCGACGCUGAGGGGACUUUCCAACCGAGGCGAGGUUCAGGCUCGCGCCGAGCGCGAAGCCCUCGCGGCGCGGGCGCCAGAUGGGAUCCCCUCCCGCGGGGGCCCGUCUCUGGACCAGCACGAAGCGGUCUUCGCCGCCGACCCUCGGGCCCACGCCCGCGCCGACCAGGAGGCCGGCGACGCGGCCCGCAUCAGCUCCGCCGCCCGUUCUGGGGACCUCGCGUGCUGGGCCCAAGGCGCCCUCGGCUGGCGUGUCGAGAUCGGGGGCGAACCCGUGGUGGUGGUCGACUACCCGUCGGACGACCCCGCCAUGGUUGAGCUGUGCCAGAACGCAGUCUGGUGGCUGCAGCACUUCUGCCCGGAUGGGCUCAACGAGCCCAAGAGCGACGACGCGCUGGCCUGCUUGCACGAGGGCCUGCUGACCUACGGCCGCCUUUUCGGCCCGGAGGGUCUUGCGCCCGUCGCUGAGCCGAGCUGGCUCACGCUGGUCUCCGGGGCCGUCGACGCGAGCACUGUCCCGGCGAAGUUUCGGGCCAUGGCUUCCGGCGCAGUGCGCGGCAUCGGCCUCGGGGCGAACGUGCACCGACGCCGCCAGACUGCUGCCCUGGCCUGCCUUUUUGACCUGCUAGGUCACGCCACCGCGGAUGGCUCCGCCCCGCCUCCCACGUUUUGGAGCAGCGAUGGGAGCGCGCCACCGCACUGGCGGGCUGGGCGCAACGCUAUCUCCAGCGUCCCACAUCCCUUGGGAUGGUCGCCAGCGCGGCAGCGCGCUAACGCAGCUCCCAGCAUCGCGUGGGCGACGGCCUGCGAGACAGCCGACACGCCUCUGUCCUCGCAGAUCGAGGCAGAGGCCCGCCGCGUGGUGCGCGAAACAGGAGUGGACUACACUGAGGUCCGCGCUGGUCUCGCGCGCCGUUCUGGCGUCGAGCGACCUAUCGUCGCCAACUGCCUGCCGCCGUACUACCGCUCGCGCCGCGAGCGCAGCGCGGUGCUGGGCAUGGAGGGGCGCCUCAGCGGCCCGCUCGCACGCGCCGCUGUCCUUCGGUGCGUGUGCGGGGUCUGCGUGCGCGCCGUGGACGCUGCUCCAGAGGCG